AUGUUCCCGAAAUUCAAGAUCAAGAAGCAGGAUGACGCAGAGCAGAAGGCCGCGCCCGCGGCUCCUGCGCCCCCCGCGCAGCCUGCGACCGCGUCUCCCCUCAAGCUCAAGAUGCCCGCCACCGUGCGCCCACCGGCCCCAGCCGCGGCGAGGCCCACGGGACUGGGUAAAUUCAAGAUCGGUGGGGGCGCCAGGCCGCACUUCGGCGGCGCCAGGCCGCAGCAGCCGCGUCCCACGGCCAAGCCCAAGCAGGCGCAGCAGCGACCCAAGGGCCCUCGCCCGACGGCUCCUGCGGCGCCACGCCCCGCGGCCGGCCCCUUCAAGUUCAAGAUGGGUGGACCGGUGCCCCCUCCCAGACCUCAGGCGGGCCCUGCGGUCACGGGGCCGAAGAAGCGGAAGCUAGACGGUAGUGCGCCAGGAGCGGGGCCGGCGAAACGGCCCAUGAUCAAGGUCAAGGGGCUGCCCGGGCAGGCGGGCGCGGGACCUUCGCCGAUCAAGAUCAAGGUGCCGGCGACAAUCAAGAUGCCCGGGCAGCCGCCGGGCCCCAUGCUGCGUCCUCCGCUCCACCCUGGGGUGCGGCCCAUGGGCGGGCCACGGCCGCACAUGCUGGGCGGGGCUCAGAAGUUUACGCUGCCCAAGAACAUCCCGCUCGGGCCGAACGCGCUAGGGAAGGUGCAGGGCGGCAUCAGGAAGCAGGUCAAUCGGAAGGGCGGCAAGGGACCGGGGCAGGCGGCGCGAGUGUCGAAGGGGCCCAUGCGGCCCAAGGGCCCGCGCCCGCCCACGCCCAUGGGGUCCGGGCCCGCGCCGACCUCGCUCCAGAAGAUCAAGAUGCCGAUGGGCUUCACGCAGAAGUUGAAGAUCAACAGCGCCGCCCUCGACGCGGUGAAGAGCCAGCCCACGGGCGGCGGGUCCGGGUCGGCGCUCGCGCGGCGCGCCGGGAGCGCGCUCAGCCGCCGCCAGGCCGUCGCGCAGCGCCGCAUGCAGCGCGCGCAGGCUGCGACGCCGCAGAAGUCCGCGGGGGCGGCGCCGGCGGGCCCCCCGCUGGAGCCGACCAGGGAGAACAUGAUGGGCAUGGUGCACAAGCUGCGGAACAUGGACAAGAAGGGGUGGUUCCAGGAGAAGAUCACGGACGACGUGGCGCCCGGGUACAGCGCGGUCAUCGACACGCCGAUGUACUUCGACCUCAUGGCGGAGCGCGCGGAGCAGGAGUACUACAAGACGUGGGACGCGCUGCUGGCCGACGUGACGCUGCUGUAUGACAACUGCAUGCGGUUCAACUCCCCGAAGAGCGAGUACUUCCAGCUCGCGGGCAAGCUGUCCGACAAGAGCAGGGACACCAUCGAGAGGGUCAAGGAGGGGCGCCUGACGAAGCUGCCUCUGCCCAAGCCGGCCGCGCCGCCGCAGCCGCGGAAGACCAAGGGCGCGGGCGCGGACGCGGUGAUACGGGCGUCCGAGGCGCAGGCGGCCGCGCAGGCGGGCCCGCCGACGCCGCGCGUGCCGCGCCCCAAGGCGGGGACGAGGGUGCGCGCUGGCGGGCGCGGGGCGGCGCGAGGGCGGUCCCGGCCGCCGGGCCGCAGCCGGCGCGGCCGAUGCGGCGCGCGCGCGCGCGGCGGCCCCUGCGCGACAUCCCCGACGAGGACCUCGACAACUUCGACCAGGUGGAUUCGGACGUGGACGAUGGCGUGGCGCGGGGUGCGGGCGCGACGCAGGAGCGGGGGCUGGGCGCGGAGCCGCAGGGCGCGAGCGACGAGGAGCGCGCGGGGCCCGGCGCGGCGCGGGCCGCGGCGGCCGCGGGCGCGGGCGCGGGCGCGGGCGCGGCGGCGCGCAGUCGGCGUUGGCUCAAAUCAAGUCGCAGCCGGUGACGCAGGCGCAGGUGGCGCUCCCGGACGUCGGGCGCAGCAAGGCCAAGGCGCCGGUGAACACCGCGAAGGCGGACCUGGACCGGCGCAUCGCGCAGAACGAGAUCCAGCCGGAGACGCGGUGGAUGUACUGCCCGCGGCCGCAGGGGCCCAACGCGAAGCCGGGGGGACUGGUGGGGGGGAGUUCGGCAGACGGGCUGCCGUACCUGCGCAAGGGCCCCGAGGGGCUGCGUGCGCAGGCGGUGCUGCGGCAGGGGAAGCACGCGCUCGACGCUGGGACGUUUGCCAACUCGAUCUCGCGGUUCGUGGGCGGGCUGGGCGGGCGCGUGCGCGAGCGGGCCGCGCAGCGCGUGCAGACGGCGCUGGUACGUGCGUACCGGCUGGCGCAGGAGGCGGUCGCGAAGCCGCCGCCGGCGCAGGACGCUGCAGGCGCGAAGCAGGCGGCGGCUGGAGCGAGCGCGAAACCGGCCGCGGGUGCGGCAGCCGCGCAGCCAGUGCGGGCCGCGCCGAGCGCGGUGCGGCCGGCGGGCGCUGCGCCGCAGGGGGCUUCGACAGCGUACACAGUGCUGGAAACGCAGGUGCAUGGGGGCUUGGAGUUGGUGCAUGUGCGGGCGCCGACCGGCCAAACGGACUGGAUGCCGCGGCUGCAGUUAACGAUGACGGAGCACGGUAUGCGUUACCAGCAGCUCGCCUACAAAGGCAUGCAGCUGCAGUCGCAGGUUGUUGCGCUGCAGCAUGCCCAGAGGGAAGGGAAGACGACGCCGCAGCAGGACCAGCACCUGGUCGCCCUGCGCCAGCAGUGGCAGGCGGUGCACACUGA